AUCACAGGAUGAUUCCCGCAAUCUGCGUACGGGCUGAAAUCACUUGGAAACUCACUCGGGACGUCGAAGUCGACGCACGCGAUCUGUGCUUUGUUGGCCGCGCGUCCCGCAUGUUUCUGGCGCAAGAUUCGACCAAAAAUCUGCGUCCGGAUAGGCACCGAAUCGAUAAACAAAAAUAAAUCGGAGGCACGACGAAUCGGCGGGUGUUGACCGCUGUGGGGGAGGGGACUCAGUUUUUUUGUUAGGCAAGCUGAGAUUGCGGAUGUGGCUCUGGGGAUCUCUGAUGUCUCUGGGUGUGGUGUGCGUUGAAAUAAACGUCACAAGAAUCUAGGGCUUUGCGUUCGAAGAAACUGGUGAUGGUGCUCAUUUGGCGCAUCUACAAUGGCGCGACGGCGGUCCUCGCGACACUGUUUUAUUCCAGGGUUUAUGACUUUUUCGAUCGAGCUAGAGGAUUAAUGAGCACCUCAGGGAGGCUGAUGUCGCUGUUUCGAUUGCAUCCCGGUUUCUUGAACCUCUAUUAUCCACAAAGUGCAAGGGCUUACUGUUUUCAUCGUUUCUUUUGUGAUCGAGCCAUUAAGAACCGAGGUAUUUACUUGGAGUGUCAGGUUUGACAUGGUCGCGAGAUGUCACAGUUUCAGUUCUUAUUGUUGUCUAUGGUGUGGGAUUUUAGAAUCCAGAGCAUCAUUUUGGUAUAAUUAAGGAGAUGGUUCGCUUAGCUCUACUGGAACCUGGUCUAGACGGGAAAGAGUCGAAGAACAUGUUGGAUUAUUUCACUGCACAAGCUUGAUUAGAUUCUCUGUUUUUUACUUCUUGAUUUCUUGGCAAUUCCUGCAACAGAAUGCGGAGCCAUGAGUGUUUUGUAGCCAGCGGCAGACUGAUGUUGUUUGAGGGAUGCAAGUAAGACCUAUCUGGUCUGGAACCGUUGAGUUGGUUGAUUUCUGACGUUGCAAAUUUUUUUUGUCAAAUAUGAUUCGGAUAUGGUUCCUCCUGCUUCAACCUUACAACUCCUUUAGGAACAGCGGAAAUUAUGAUAGCUCUUGAGGGAUGAAAAUUUGUGAUCAGCUUCAGAUAUGCUGAGACUCCCAGGUGGAAAGUCUACUUCAACAUAACUAAUAUCUGCUCACCGUUAGUGUAAACCGAUGUUGAGAUUAAUUGACGCACCUUCACUAAAUUUGGAGUAACCAAAUGUUUAGACGCGUUUCUCGGAAGUAAGGAUUGGAACUAUUCAGUGUUCAGGCAAAUGCAGUCUGUUCACCGCACAAACAGUGUGUGACAUAGAAUUUUCUACAAUGUUUCUCGCCCGGCUUGCAAAUGUUGCGCACAAUACUAGCGAGGGUGAAGUUCGUCGCCUCUUGGAGCAGGUUUCAACAACUGGGGAAGAGCGAGGUUGGAACUCGCAUGGAAUCCAAGCCCUGUUUCGAAUGAUAGAGUUUAACGAGAAUACUGGAGCUCUGCAGGCUCUUCUGGCGCGCCCAGAGCUUGACGUAAACUACAGGAAUAAGGAAAAUCUGACACCACUGCACGUCGCUGCUGCCAAAAAUCGGGAGUACGCAGUGAAGCUUCUCAUGGAAAGAAAAGAUUUGGAUGUAAACGCAACGGCAGAGUUCGACUUAACUCCAUUACACCUCGCUGCAAGAUUAGGGCACACACGCGUUCUGAAACAGCUCUUUAACGACGAUGACAGAUUGUUCCUACACUCAAAGACAACACAUGACUUCUGUGCUUUACACUUAGUCGCUGAAGGAGACGAGGAAAAUUUAGGGCCCCACCUAAACUCUAAAAGAAGCUCCGUGGAGCAAAGGUCUACAGUGGUGAGGCUGCUCCGCGCUGAGCAGGAGAGGAGAGGGUUGAUAGGAUUUGAACAUUUCAAGGACGUCUUUGGACGAACUGCACUUCAUUACGCUGCCAUGAACGGGUAUGUCGAGAUGGUACGGGAGCUGCUGGAAUAUCCGCAUCUGAAUCCUAACGCAGUGGAUAACUACGGGCUGACUCCCCUGCACCUCGCUGUGAAGAAGGGGCACAUUAGCGUUUCGUGUUUGCUUAUUCAAGCUCACAAUAUUGAUCUAAAUUGCAAAGCGGUGUUUAGGCAUGUCCGACCCCAGGUUCCGCCAUUGCAGUACUCUAACGGAAGCUACAUGAUGCAUCUCUUCUAUCCAUCCAUGUGCGACGACAAUGAAACUUAUGAGAUAGUCAAUGCCGGUGUUACCCCACUCCAUAUUGCUGCGGGAGGGAGCCAUGCCGAGAUUUUGAGGUGUCUCUUAGAAUCGAAGUGUGUCAAUUUGCAUGCUGUAGAUUUCAGAGGUUUCACUGCGCUCCAUUUCGCCGUCAUGUACGGAGAUAUCAAAGUUGUGAAAUUGCUAAUGGACCAGCCUAAUGUUAAUCUAAAUUGCUGUGACGGUGAGGGGUUGAUGCCACUGCUGCUCGCUGUGGAACGUUCUCGUCUUGACGUCGUGAAGUUUCUGCUCGGAGACGUCACUACUACCAUGCCCAUGCCGGAGGAUAAACUGCAUAUCUCGAUCAAACUGCUGGACAUAGUGACUCGACACGGGUCUUCUGGAAAUGGCGAGAUUGCACAUUACCUUAUAGAUUGUAUAGAAGACUCUGUAAAGAAUUCUGAAGGGAAUUUUGAUUCUAACUUGGUUCACUGGGCCGUAAAGCAUGGAAACGCUAAGCUGAUGGUACUGAUUUUAUUUUGGAGGCCGGAGGAUGCGAACAUAACAAACAAGAAAAAAGAAACCCCGCUACAUUUGGCUAUACUUAAUGGUCAGACGGAUCUCGUUUCAGAGUUGUGCCGCGAACAGGGCUGGCAAUUGAGAGCUGCAGAAGUGGAUAAGGCGGGUGCCAUUCCCUUAGAUUAUGCAUUCGACCAUGGAAAGGAAAUGCUAGGAAUCCAGCGCCUGCUUCUCUAUCGACAAGAUGUGAAAGAAUAUGUGGACAGGGUCUUCAGGUAUGAAAUGAACACCAUAAACGCCCUCUUUGUGGGAGCAGCACUCUUUGCAAGUAUAACAUAUGUCGCGUGGUUGCAACCGCCCCUGGGAUUCGUGGAGAACUACAACUUCCCGAUGAAAUCGCCUCCGGCUCCUCCGGACACUUACAUGGUAUUCGCCGCAUCGAAUAGAAUCAAUGUAAAACUCUUCUUCAUUUUCAACACAAUAUCCUUCGUCUUCUCCUUGGUGACCAUUUUUCGUGGCGUUGAGGCUCUCUGGAGUGACCGCAAAAAGCUUCAUCAAGGGUAUGUUGGCCGAAGUCUGAGACAAUCAUUCCGCCAUUGCUACUGGUAUUUUGCUAUGUCCACAUCCUUCAUUAUUGCAGCAUUUGAGCAAGCAUCUAAAUCAGUCUUGGCUCCCGGUGAAAUUUGGUAUAUCUCUAUUCUCAUGUACGUUAUUUGGGUAUCCUGGGGCAUUUUAUGCCUAGUCAUUGCACGAAAGCCUCUUCGGCGCAAAUUCAAAAGAUGGCGGAGUUCAAAGAGUACAUCACCAUGUACGUGCUUCACUUCGUUACCGCGCAGGCUAGGACGAUAUUUAGUAAGGAGCAUGCAGAUUGUUUGAUAUACACGCAAAUGGUAGCUGCGAGACUUACCAUCCACUUUGCAAUUGCGAUUUCUAAAAGCAAAUUUCUGGCUAGAAUUGAGGGUUGUAGAAUUUUGAAUACACGACACGAGCAUCACUGGGAAACGAGUGAAGUUGAAACAACCCUUCAAGAUCUGUUGUAUUAGCUUUCAAGUUCCGCCUAAUUCCAGUGUUUUAAAAUUGAGUUUA